AUGGAUCAUGUGCGGUGCAUUAUUCGACUAUAUUCACUCGGUUUGCUCUUGCUCGUACGAUCGGUGUAUGGUAUGUGCCCGGUAGGAUGCGAGUGCACUGCCGACCAGCGGCAUUCGGUGCAGUGUGACGGUAGUGCACUGAACGAUAUACCGUCGUUGCUGGAUCCCAGGACGAGACGGCUGAGUAUGGUGAACUGUGGCAUUCGAAGACUGGAUGCAGACGUUCUUGAACUUUACGCAGGUUAA